AUGACGACGACUACUACGCCGGAGAAGACUCCGGCGAGACCCCUCUCUGUCCAGGACUGGGACGUUCUUAUCGAGGAUUUCCAAGACGCCGGCGUUCCUCGCGACUGGUUUACCGCCGUCUUCUCGAUUGAUUCUCUGGUGGACUUUGCUCUCUCUUCUCUCCUGAAGAAGGAAUUUCCUUCGCCAGUGAAGCUCUCAAUCCUUGUCUUUCUCGAAGAAUUCUCCGAUGUUUUGUUCGCUAAAUGUGGUAGCGAGACCUUUGAUCGCUUCAUCGAUGCUCUUCGUGCGAUCGUGCAAUCUCCGACUGAUGGAUCUUCCGGAUUGAAAGAGCAAGCGAUGAUCUCUUUCACGUCGGUGCUGUGCUCGAUUGAUUCUUUCUCUGUACGUCACGUUGAAGCAGUUGUCGACUUGCUCCUCGCGCUCGUUAAUCGUCCCAACCACGGGUUUGACCGGCAAGCUCGUGCAAUCGCGUGCGAGUGCUUGCGCCAGCUCGAGAGAGCCUUUCCUGGUUUGCUCUCCGAUGUCGCUGGCCAUCUUUGGUCGCUGUGCCAGGCGGAGAGAACCCACGCCGUGCAAGCUUACCUUCUCUUGUUCACCACAGUUGUCUACAACGUAGUCCAUCAGAAGCUGAGGGUUUCACUUCUUAGUACCUCUGUGCCUCUGGUGCCUUUCAAUGCUCCAAAUUGGAUGCGGGAUCAGAGUUCGAUUCAGGGUCAAGGUCAAAGUCAGGGGUUGGGGCCAGAUCAGAAGGAACUAAGACGAACACUGGCUUUCAUGUUGGAAUCGCCGUAUCUAUUCACGUCCUGUGCUAUGAUGGAGUUUAUGUGUAUGGUAGUGCCACUUGCGUCGGCAUUGGAGUUACAGGCCUCUAUGCUGAAAGUCCAGUUCUUGGGCAUGAUAUAUUCGUUUGAUCCGAUGCUCUGUCGUGUUGUCCUACUUAUGUAUACUCAGUUCCCUGAUGCUUUCGAGGGACAGGAGAAAGAGAUCAUGAGACGUCUUAUGCUUCUCUCUAAGGAGACUCAGAUAUAUCUUGUUUUCCGUUUGCUUGCGCUUCACUGGUUAAUGGGUUUGUUGAAUAAGCUUAUGUUGAGUGGGGAGCUUGAGAAGAGGAAGUCGGUUCUCGAGAUGGGUCAGAAGUUUCAUCCUGUUGUUUUUGAUCCACUCGCUUUAAAAGCGCUGAAGCUUGAUCUGCUGGUACAAUGCAAUGUUAGUUCCAAGGCUUUGAGUGGCGGUGAUAACAGCAAAUCUGGUGGGGAGUUGUUGCAGGAAUGCUUGAUAUCCGUUAAGGAUUUCAAAUGGUUGCCUCCUUGGAGCUCAGAAACUGCAGAGUUGCUGGUGGACAUGACUUCGGAUUUCCAAAUCUUGGUCCCUGUUAUUGUGGCGUUUAUUGAGCGGUUGAUAGGCUGUCAAAAGCAUCAGUGGUUAGGAGAGCGGUUUCUUCAGACGAUCGAUGAGAAGCUGCUUCCCAAACUUGAGAAGAACAAUUUAUUAACAGCUUACUUCCCGCUUUUCCAUCGUAUUGCCGAGAAUGAUACAAUACCUCCUUCUCGAUUGAUAGAGCUGCUUACGAACUUUGUGGUCUCACUUGUUGAGAAGCGCGGGUUUGAUGUGGGUUUGAAAUUGUGGGAUCAAGGAACUGAAGUUCUUGGCAUUUGUCGAACGCUGAUGAGUCACCAUAAGAGCUCUAGAUUAUUUCUUGGACUCUCUCGCCUUCUUUCUCUCAUGUGUCUCUCUUUCCCUGAUCUGGAGGUCAGAGACAACGCUAGGAUAUAUCUGAGGAUGCUGGUCUGUAUACCAGGACGGAGGAUAAAGAACAUUUUGAAGCCUGCAGAGACCGUUUCUCCAUCAACUCAUUCAUCUACAUUCUUUAGUGUCCAAAGUCCUCGUUUUCGUCAUGAUCCGAACCAAUCUAAGAACCUCUCAUCAUAUAUUCAUCUUGAACGGGUCACGCCCCUACUCGUGAAACAGUCAUGGUUGUUGUCUCUACCAUCUGUAGGUGUUGGAAAUGAUGGAUAUAGCAUUAUCGAAAGCAAAAUUCAGGUGGAUGAAGUUGAGCCUGAUAGCAGUCAAGAACUCCAGGUUUUGCCAGACUCUCGAAGAAUCGAAUCAGGAAAGCCCACAUUAAGGGUGAUGGAUGCAAAGAUUGCAGAAAUUCUUGAAAGGUUAAGAAGAUAUUUCUCAGUAAUUCCUGAUGUCAGACACAUGCCUGGAAUCAAGGUUAGGAUAACCUGUACUUUGAGACUGGAUGCUGAACCAUAUAGCACCAUAUGGAGCGGUCAAACCCAGAGUUCCGAGCUAGAUAAAGUCGACUCACCUCCUGCGAUAUUUGCGACGGUGCUCAAAUUCUCAUCUUCAGCACCUUAUGGCUCUAUUCCAUCGUGCCGCAUACCUUUCCUUCUCGGUGAGCCUCGCUGGAACAAGAAUGUGCCCAACGAUGAAGGUUCUUUGGGCAUCGUCUUGUUAGAGAACACGCCGAAAGAGGAGGAAAGAGGUGCAUUGGGAGGAGCACCUCUAACAGUUGAACUGGAACCUAGAGAACCAACACCUGGUUUGGUAGAGGUUUCAAUGGAAGCAAACGCAGAGAAUGGUCAGAUGAUUCAGGGGAAACUCGAGAGUGUCUCUGUGGGGAUCGAAGACAUGUUCCUGAAAGCUCUUGCCCCACCUGACGAACCUGAAGAGACAAUACCGAGCUACUACUCAGAUUUAUUCAAUGCUUUGUGGGAAGUAUGCGGUUCUUCAUCCAGCACCGCACACGAGACAUUUGCACUAAAAGGAGGCAAAACAGCUGCAGCAAUCAGUGGGACUCGAUCAGUGAAACUGCUUGAAGUCCCUGCAGAAACCGUUAUACAGGCCAGCGAGCUUCAUUUAGCGCCCUUUGUGGUGGCUAUCACCGGAGAACGGCUUGUGAACAUUGUAAGAGACGGAGGAAUCAUCGAGAACAUUGUGUGGAAGGAGGAGGAAGACGAAGAAAGGGAUAACGCUAAUAAUGCGGAGAGGUCAACUUCAUCAUCGGCGGGGGCCACCGGAUUGAGCCGAGGUCCUCUUUGUCUGACAUACAUUGGAUAUGGAGAUGAUCAUGAGGUUCCGAUGACGAGGAGCAGAGGGAAAAUGGGAAAGAUAAAGAUGCUGAUGUUUCUGCCGCCGAGAUAUCAUCUGCUGUUUGAAAUGGAAGUUGGUGAAGGAUCGACAUUGGUGCAUAUAAGAACAGAUCAUUGGCCUUGCUUGGCUUAUGUUGAUGAUUACUUGGAAGCUUUGUUUUUGCAGUAGAAGAGACUUUUAUUGUUUUUAUUCUCUUUUUACCCACCUACAAACACAACGGAGUAAAACCCAGCAAAUGUUAUUUUGCUUUGAGAAAUCCAGUUUUGUUUUGGGCAGUGCUAGACAUCAAUUUUACCACGGUCAGUAAAAUUAUUUUACAGAAGUUAAAAAAAAAAAUUUAAUAGAGUUGGAUCAUAAU